AUAUUUUUAAAUCUUUAAUUUAAAAUGGUCAAGAUGAACGUUCUAAAUGAUUGCCUUCGUUCAAUAGUGAAUGCUGAGAGGUAAACUUUAUUGUUUUAUUAGAAAAGAUAAGGAAGAAAGUAAGUGUUAAUUAGACCAACAUCCAAAUUAGUUGUGAAAUUCUUAUAAGUCAUGUAGAGACACGGAUAUAUUGGAGAGUUUGAAAUUGUCGACGAUCACAGAAGUGGCAAAAUUGUAGUAGAAUUAUUGGGUAUCAAUUGUUAAAUAUGCAAGGACGCAUUAAUAAAUGUGGAGUCAUUUCACCUCGCUAUGAUGUUACUCUCGGUGAAUUCGAGAGAUGGGCUAACAAUAUUUUACCAGCCAGACAAUUUGGAUGCGUCGUCUUAACUACUAAUGUUGGCAUUCUUACUCACGAGGAAGCUAGAUAAAGACAUAUUGGAGGUAAAAUCCUUGGUUUCUUCUAUUGAGUUUAAUACAAAGUACAUUCAUACACAUACAAUAUAAAUAACUAAAUUA